CGGUUUUGAAACCAAUGUGUGCUGCCUGGGUAGUAAUCGGCAAGCCCACCUUGGCGAUAGCGUGGUGAGACGCGUUUAGCUUCCUCACGAAAACCACCGAACGUGCGUAAAAAUAUAUUUAAACAAUAAGUGAAUCACGAUCGAGAGCCUGGGUGCGAAACAGUACUUUUGCAUAAUAUAAAUGCAUUAUUAUUAUUAUCAAUGUGUAAUCUCCAGUGCGCGUUACGUUGUACAUGCAAGCAACAAGUAACAGAAAAUGAAGUAAUUUAUCCUUAUUAUAAUUACGCUAAUAAUGGCAAUAAUGAGCCAAGGAAUAAGAACGCGACGCUGAUAACAAAAAUGCUGCUUUACAAAAGGGGUGAGGGAUGAUAAAAUAUCGGGGAAGAGUGAAAUUAUCAAAAGAACAGUUGCUCAAGUCUUUCUUGAAUUGAUCCCAUUGUGUUGCAAUCGAACUUUUAAUUUUCUAAUCAUCAGACGCGCGGACGAUGACGUUGAAAGUCUUUUCCAGCUGCUUGGUGACUCCUGUUUAUCGUCCGGCCGCUUUAUCUGGAGUUAUCGCGCGCGCAAGUUGUAAGUUCGCGCUUCGUUCCGACCGCAACAAAAAACAAUCAAUUGCGCGACAAAAUGCCGUAUCGGAAGGCGAGCCGUCGUCUGCGAUCGACUAUCCAGAAGCGCGGAUCGAGUGGUGGAUCACGGAUCGUUGCCUCGCGUUAAUGAACAAUCACGUUAAACCGACGGUCGUCGCUCUGUAAAUCACGUCAAGAAUCAGUCGUGGCUUUACCGGGCUUAUCUGCCCAAUUAUUUCUGCGUCUUAUCAGAUCUCAUUCAGAUUACGAGCCGCGCGUAUCGCCGGUCAACGGCUAGCUUCGUUAAAAAUAUAUAAUUUAUCGGUCGACCCUGACAAUCCACGAUUUGCGCUUUUUUUGCGUGACAUUUGCUCUUAAUUGCUACGUUAUCGUAACAUAUUUCUAACAAAUACGAUGCUUACUCACGGUGAUAAUAUAUUGUUUUUCGCAUUUAUUAAAUGGUGAAACGUGUUUCCUCAAGUAUAGUUCGUGAGAAACACGCAGUAAUUGCCGAUAUCUCUCGGGUGUUCCCUGAGCCUGAGGAGGAGUCGAUCCCUGGGAGAGUUCCGAAAGUUCGCCCCUCGAAAUGCUGAGAAUUGAGAGUGUUUAGUUUACGAUUGUGCGAUGGGUAUCUUCGGUGUCAGGCACCUGCAGGUGCUGCUGCUCUUCCUGGGUGUGACCAUCGGGUAUUGCCUCAGGAUCGGAAUGUCGAUGGCUGUGGUGCCGAUGGCGAACUCGAGCAGCGCGAACGAGAAUAUUGAGGACUUCGGUUGGAACAAACAGCAAAAGGAUCUGGUGCUCAGCUCGUUCUUCUGGGGCUACGCGAUUACGCAGAUGCCAAGUGGCUACAUCGCCGGCAUCUGGAGCGCCCAGAAACUUCUCAGCAUCGGGAUGCUGAUCUGCGGGGUCUUAAACGUCGUGACGCCAAUUGCCGCCAGCCAGUGGGAUUUACCGGCCGUCCUGGUUUGCAGGGUAGGCAUGGGUCUUACUCAGGCUUGCCUGAUGCCUUGCGCUCACACCCUCCUCUCCAAAUGGGCACCGCCCUCUGAGAGGGCACGACUGGGAACGUUCGCUUACGCGGGUGCUCAAUUCGGCACGGUAAUUGCUAUGCCGAUAUCUGGAUUUCUCGCAGCAUCCAGAGUAGGCUGGCCCAGCAUCUUUUAUGUGUUUGGUGCGUUAGCAAUCGUCUGGAGCACAGUUUUUCUCCUUUUUGGAGCGGAUUCGCCGUCCAGCCACAGUUCCAUCUCCCAGGAAGAGAAAGAAUAUAUAGAAGACAGUUUGAGAACCAAAGAGACGAAAGCAGACGAUGAAAUUCAACAGAAUUUACGCGUACCAUGGAAGGAGAUUUUCACUUCGGUACCCAUGUGGGCCCUCAUUAUAGUCCAUGUUGGCCAAAAUUGGGGAUACUGGACCCUUCUGACAGAAAUACCUAGCUACAUGACAGGCGUACUGAACUUCAAAAUUGAUAAGAGUGGCUGGAUCUCCGCUUUGCCGUACUUGGCAAUGUGGCUCCUCAGCUUCCCCGUGAGCUGGCUGUCCGAUUUCGCGCUGGAGAAGGGCAUGCCCAGGGGUAUAGUGAGAAAAAUCUCGAAUACGGUGGCCCAUUGGGGCCCAGCCAUCGCCUUGGCAUGCAUGAGCGUUAUACCUACCGACAAUUACAUCUGGGCCGUCCUGCUGCUUAUCAUAUCAGUGGGCCUGAACGCCGGUUCCCUCUGCGGCUUCCAGAUCAAUCACAUCGACCUCAGUCCGAAUUUCGCCGGCACCAUGAUGUCCAUCACCAAUUUCAUGGCCACGAUUGCCUCGAUCAUCGCACCGUUAAUCGUUAGCGUGAUCGCCCCCGAUGAGAGCAACGCUGACCAAUGGAACAUUGUAUUCUACGUCUCGGCGGCGAUCUAUUUCCUUGGCAACUUGGUGUUCGUGAUAUGCGGCAAGGGCGAGGUGCAAUGGUGGAACGACCCCGAGGCCGUCGAGACUCGGCGCAGGCAAGGCCGCAGGGAAGACGUGGAGAACGAAACGCAAACCUGA